UCUGGGGACGCGGUGUGGUGAGAAAGGUGAGAGGAGAAAUCCCAGCAUGCUCAGCCAAGAUGAUAAGAUCUAUUUGUAAAGAGGAACACGGCAGAGAGACCAUCCCCUGUGACAUGAACGAAUGAGAGAACAGAAAGACAGACGGAGAUGUUCAAUGUACAGCCUGUGUUGUCUCCUGCUCUACACCUUCAUGUACUCGUCUGCCCCGCUGAUGCUGCGUAAUGAUCUACAUCACAACAAGAACAUGGUGACUGACGCCGACAAGGGUUUUAAACUCCAGAUACUUAUCUGCUACAUGCUAAGGGUCCUUCUGUGACCACCACAGCAAGCGUUCGCUCCAGCACAGAUCUCAUCAACAUGGACGAGGGCUACCGAGACCGAACGGCCUUCAUCAAGGGAGCCAAGGACAUCGCCAAGGAAGUGAAACGGCAGGCGGGGAAGAAAGUAGGCCGUCACGUGGACCGCGUUUCUGAUGAGUAUACCAAGCGAUCGUACGCGCGCUUCGAGGAGGACGAUGACGACGAUUACCCGGUGCAGGCGCAGGACGGGAGCUACUACCGCAGCAACAGCCGUGCCAACGAUGACGAUGAUGCCGCGCACAGUGACUCUACCGAGGGCCACGACGAGGACGACGAGAUCUACGAGGGCGAGUACCAGGGCAUCCCGCGACAAGACUCGUCAGCAGGCAAGGUGGACAGCCAUGCGGCCGGAGCAGCACGGGCGCAGCUCCGUGACUUGGCGCAGUUCGAGGGCGAGAGGCGCAAGGAUCAGGAGGAGCUGGCGCAGCAAUAUGAGACCAUCCUGCAGGAGUGCGGCCACGGACGUUUCCAGUGGACGCUGUACUUCGUGCUGGGGCUGGCGCUCAUGGCCGACGGCGUGGAGAUCUUUGUGGUUGGUUUCGUGUUGCCCAGUGCCGAGAAGGACAUGUGCCUGUCGGAGCCUAAUAAAGGCAUGCUGGGACUCAUUGUCUACCUGGGCAUGAUGGUGGGUGCUUUUGUGUGGGGAGGUCUUGCUGAUCGGAUUGGUCGUAGACAGACUCUGCUCAUCUGUCUCUCCAUCAACAGUGUCUUUGCUUUCUUUUCCUCUUUUGUCCAAGGAUACAGCUCCUUCCUGUUUUGCCGCCUGCUCUCUGGUGUUGGGAUUGGAGGGUCUAUUCCUAUAGUCUUCUCUUACUACUCAGAGUUUUUGGCUCAGGAGAAGCGUGGUGAACAUUUGAGCUGGCUUUGCAUGUUCUGGAUGAUUGGGGGAAUUUAUGCUUCAGCUAUGGCCUGGGCCAUCAUCCCCCACUAUGGCUGGAGCUUCCAGAUGGGCUCCGCCUAUCAGUUCCACAGCUGGAGGGUGUUUGUUCUGGUGUGCGCGUUCCCCGCGGUGGCUGCCAUCGCUGCCCUCAACACCAUGCCAGAGAGUCCACGCUUCUACCUGGAGAAUGGGAAACACGACGAAGCCUGGAUGAUCCUGAAACAGGUUCAUGACACCAACAUGCGGGCCAAGGGCUACCCAGAGAGGGUCUUCUCUGUGACCAAUAUUAAGACCGUGAAGCAGAUGGAUGAGUUGGUUGAUAUGGGAGAUGAUACCACAGCCUGGCACCAGCGCUGGAGGCUCAAGCUGAGUAGCCUGUUUCAUCAGGUUUGGAGCAACUUCUUGACUAUUUUCAAUCCAGAGUAUCGCCGUGUCACCUACAUGAUGAUGGCUGUCUGGUUCUCCAUGUCGUUCAGCUACUACGGCCUGACUGUGUGGUUCCCUGACAUGAUCAAAUACCUCCAAAAGCAGGAGUAUAACUCACGCACUAAGGUCUUCAUCAAGCAGAAAGUGGAACACAUGACCUUUAACUUCACCCUGGAGAACCAGAUCCAUCGUCAUGGAGAGUACUUCAACACCAAGUUUUUGAACCUUAAGAUGAAAUCCAUGGUAUUCGAAGACUCCCUGUUUGAAGAGUGUUACUUUGAGGACAUCACCUCCACCAACACCUUCUUCAGGAACUGCACCUUCAUCUCUACCCUCUUUUACAACACAGAUCUGUUCAAGUACAGGCUGAUCGACAGUCGCCUCAUCAACAGCACCUUCCUGCAUAACAAAGAGGGCUGCCUGCUGGACUUCAGUGAUGAGAACAACGCCUACAUGAUCUACUUUGUCAGUUUUCUGGGCACGCUAGCUGUCCUGCCUGGGAACAUCGUGUCUGCAUUGCUCAUGGACAAAAUUGGACGCCUGAGGAUGCUGGCGGGCUCCAGCGUGAUCUCCUGCGUCAGCUGUUUCUUCCUGUCUUUUGGGAACAGCGAGUCGGCCAUGAUCGCUCUACUCUGUCUGUUUGGGGGAAUCAGCAUUGCGUCGUGGAAUGCCCUGGAUGUUCUAACGGUAGAACUGUACCCAUCUGAUAAGAGAACUACGGCUUUCGGGUUUCUGAAUGCCCUGUGCAAGCUCGCUGCCGUGCUGGGGAUCAGCAUCUUCCAGUCCUUUGUGGGCAUCACCAAAGCCGUGCCCAUCCUGUUCGCCUCUGGGGCGCUGGCGGUCGGCAGCUUCUUGGCGCUGAAGCUUCCGGAGACGAGGGGGCAGGUGCUUCAAUAGUGCGGCCUCCACACCAGCAGGUGGAAGCACUGAGUUAGGAAGAAUCCACCUGCAGUGUGAUUCCAAUCCCUAAUCAAUCACAUUUUGUCAGAUUUGGAUUUAUAUAAAAUAUCCCCUUCACAUUGUUCGUUAUGUUGACGGUACUUAAUAAGAGGUUAAAUAGUGCCAGAAAACAUCUUAAUCCCGUCUCUCAUCCAGUCAUCAGAGCGAUUUGAUGUAAAUGUCUGAGAUUCACUAUUAAAAGUCCUGUUUAUUUGACAUAUCUGAACCUUCAGGUGUCAAAGUUCUGACCUCUAUAAUCAGCGUCCUUACAGAGAGAACAGAGGUCGUGUGUGUGUUUGUGUGUGUGUGUGUUUGUGUUGAACAACUGCCAUUUUAGACACAUUCCAGAUUGUUUUGUAGUUUGAGCGUGUUAACCCAACAGUGAUGAGUUUGCCUGUUAAUUUUCAUCCACGGCAUUACAGUGAUGUGAGAGCGUGUCGUCAGUCAGUCGGUAGAUCUUUUCUGCACGGACAGUGUUUGCUCUUAAUGUGGUUCUGGUGGUCGUUGUUGCUGGUUGUUGUUGUUUUCUUCCGCUCACGAUGUCCUAAGGGUUUUAUUUUUCGAGCGACUGUCGAAAUUGUAGAAAAAAUCCAUGUUAAGAAAAUACGAGAUCAUAGCAACCAAGUGGAAUCUUUUUAAAAAGAAAUAAUAUUUUGGAAAAUGUUGUGCACGAGGGCAUAAUGACGAGUGGAAGAAACAGUAUGGAAAAAAAUGCUCUUCAUCCACAUCUAAGUGAACUACCGUGUGUUCACAUCAUUUAUGUUGUCGAACAGAAGCGAUUCAGUAGUUAUGACCCAUCGUUCCUACCUUAUGUUUCUUAAACAUGCACAAGUUCUCGUCUGCCAACGACGAAAAGGUUUUAUUUUCAUUUAAAAAAGAAAUAGGAACAUUUGAAAGGUGAGGUGAAAAACCAUAUCAAGCACAAGAAGGUUUGAUGAGACGAUCCAAGAGUUAAAAUGUUAAGGUUUAUUUUGAAAACUGAUGUAAAUGCUGUACUGAAUAUAAAUAUACAGUUUAGUCUGUCUGUCCUGAACACACUAAUCACUCAUAUUCAAUAUAUAAAUAUAUAAAUAUAUAGCGGAAAAAUUUUCAGACGCUGAAAUGAAUUUUCAGUUUCCAGUGAAAUAGUACCAUAAUGUCUUAGAUAGGUUCUACUGGAUGUUUGUAUAUAUAUAUCAGUUUGCUAAGGUAAUAUUUUUAAACUAGACAAAUUCAGACAGAAGAAAUCAAUAGAAAUGCAAUCCGCGCAUCACGUGACGUCACGUGAGUGACGCAUCUGUCUUUUUCCUGUUCGAUGACGGUGAUGAUAACGGUGAUGCGGUACCCGUGUGUGUGUGCGUGUGUGCGUGUGUGCGUGUGUGUGUUUGAGAAAGUUCUUGCAUGUGAAACAUCGAGUGUUCCACAGAUUUGUAUUUAUUUAAUUAUUUAUUUAUACGAGAGUUUGAUUUUAUAGUAUUUUUUACUGUGGAUGUCUGUAGUCUCACACACAGGGUGAAGUUUUUAUUGUCGUUAAUUACGUCGUCACAAAGGAAGAGAAAAAACUAUUAGGUGCCGAGGCGACAUUUUAAUGAAAACACUGAACAUUCGAAUGACGUACAAGAAAAAAGAAAAGAAAAAAUGAGUAAAAGCGAAGAGCACACGAAUAACAAACACGUCAAAUUAACAAGCACGAGAAACAAACACUUUUAUCCCUUUUUCUUUCGAUUAUAAACCUGAAUGAGUUCCAUCUGAUAAGUUACCGGUAACGACUGUCUUUACGCAGAUCGUUUAGCAAAGAAAUCGAUAAAAAAAGAUGCUUCAGUUUGUAGGUGAUGCUCUUCUUUACUGCCAUUUUGUAGGAUAGCAGCCAUAUUCUAGAUGCACUCAGUAAAAACAACAGGUCUGGUGUAAGAGGUAUCACGCUCUUCUUCUUUCCUUUAUUUGGUCACGAACCUCACGGUAGCUUUCCGCUAUAAAUCUGGACGUCAUCGCAAACAAUCUGAAGCACGAUCUGACAUCUUCGUUCCGAUGCUCACGACCUUUUAUACAGUAAACACAGAUCUUUAUGUUUAAAACAUGGCACCAAAAUAUUAAAAAUAUAGUAAACUUUCUGGAAGAGGGAUCACUUCCUGUUUUAUAUCACAUGUUCAUCACUUUACAACAAGAACAAAUACCAGAUAUAAAAUGAUGCUUGAGGGACAAAUAUACUGCACAAACUCAGAACUCGAUCUCAGAACAAAAAGCCCUGAACUCUAAACUCUACCUUUCCUUGUUCUUUAGUUAAAAGUAAAGCUUUAGAGCGACACUGCGUGCAACUUUAAACAUAGGUACUUCAGGCUCCACUUGAAUGUUCAGGUCUUAUCUCUGAGACUACAGGAGCACAAUUGAAGCGUUCACGUCAUCGACUCACUCGUCUUCGGCACACGUUUUAUCCGGAUCGGGGUCAAUGAGGGUUAAACAACUCAUUAGGUUCUAUUUCAGGAACGCAAAGCAAUUCACUUCAUUAGAAGGUUUGUGGAUUAAUAACCUGAGCAGUGAAUAAAAGAAAAAAAAAGUUGCGUUUAAAUCUCUGACAAAACUUUAUUACUAUUGCAUCAGCUCCAGAUGUUUCCUGUGAUCUAGAAGCAGUGCUGAGAUACGACUCAUCUUACAGUCUUAUCAAUCAAAUCAUAAAAAAAACUCUUUAUGUGUUUAUGAAAUGUAAAAAGAAAAAAAGGUCAGGGAAUCGAAUUAAGAUGAUUUGAGCUCACGUAGGGGGAAAAAAAAUCACAUAACGUGUGAGGUUCUGAGCUGAAACUGUAUUUUACUGACGUAGACACACACGUGUGUGAGCUCACGUGAGAAAAAAACAAAACAAGGAAAACGUCUGAAAAAGCAAAACAAACAGGUGAAGCACGUUCACGACGUCUGCGUCAGCGAAAUAAACCUCCACCAACACACGGGAACGUGUACAACGUGUUUCUCUAAAGCGUCACGUCUUUACCGUGUCGUUCUCACACCACGUGGUGCGUGUCUCAGUGACGUCAUGUUCGAUUUGUAUGUUAAAAAAAAAAAAACAUCAGAAAAGUCCUGGAACUUGUAAAUUUCGCCCGUUCAGGUUGUUUCUUUUUAAAUGUUGUUUUGUUACAGGGUCUUUUUUUAUUUGUAUUUUUCCUAAAAAAAAAAAACAACGCUCACUUUAGUCGAUCGCGUGUGCAAAAAGAAAAUCAAAGCAAUAAGUGACUGACGUGUUUUUUCGGCUCCGCCCCCAACCACGCCCACCUCGUUGACUAUAAAUAAUAGCACACUGAAAAUGAAAAUACAGUGAAAUGACAUGUGUAGUGAUUAAAAUAGGAUGAAAAAGACGAUUGCUGUAUAAAUCUCGCCUGUACAAGGCCAGUGUCUCUCGUUCUACAGAUAUACCACAGGUCUCUUGAUGCUUUUGUCGACUCAAAUGUAUUGCCAUAAUUUAAAUGUGACGGAGUUGAUCACUUUAUCAUUGUACUGUGCUGUAGAGGUUGUAGUUGUUUGUAUGUAAAAGUAUAAAUAUGUGCAACAAUAAUAAAAAAAAUUGAAAAAAAGACCAAAAAAAGGUUUAACAUG